AUGUUAUGGUGGAAACAAAUAGAGACCAUUCAAGAGGAUAUUAUGAUGAUUGAAAGGGAAGAACAAAAGAAAGAGUAUAUUGGCAGUACAACGGUAACGCUAACACUUCCUUCGAUAAAUCCUGGAUUGCAGGAGAAUGUGUUUAUAGCAAACAUAGACCACGUAAAAUCGCUGCAAGCUUCGUUGUUUCCAAUAUGUAGUAAAGGGACAUUCAUCUCAAGUUUUUUACAAAAUAAUAUCAAAACAAAUCAGUUAGAAAUUGACACAGAUAUCAGAACAUUUCGAACUACAGCUAAGUUAAGAGAACCAAGAGAUUUGUUUGCACUUCCGAAAGAGCUUGAUUGUCCCCAGCAAGCACCUCGAUGGCCUACAGAAUGUCAAGUCGUGGAGGAAAGAAUACAACACCUAACGUGGAAUCCUGCGUCACCAGAACCAUACUAUAUUCCUUCAGGUAAAGAGUUACGGCCUCAGCCUGUCGGUGAGGAUGCAGGAACUGUUAUAUUUCAAUACUAUCCUAUGAGUGCCGUAAAUUAUUUUAGCCGCUCCGCUGUUGGAGGAUCUCGCUUAUAUUUGUCAGCAUGUGCCAGCGCAGGAGCCGGCUCCGGGAAUGAAGAUGAACUAAGAUUUGAAUCUCGUUUUGAAAGCGGCAAUUUAGCUAAAGCAAUACGAAUAACAUCAGCUUAUUACGAGCUGCAUCUCCGAACGGAUCUUUACACCAAUAGACACAUGCAAUGGUUUUAUUUUAGAGUCACAAAUACAAAAAAGCAAAUGAUGUACAGGUUUUCCAUAGUGAACUUAUCAAAAGCGGAGAGUUUAUACAACGAGGGCAUGCGACCUCUAUUAUAUUCAACCAAGGACGCACAGUUGCAUUCGAUCGGUUGGAGGCGGUGCGGUGAAAACAUCGCGUACUAUAAAAAUGAUUCGACGACUGAAGAAGAGGAACAAUUUCCAAGUUAUACAUUAACGUUUAAUAUAGAAUUUCCGCACACAGAUGACGCAGUGUAUAUCGCACAUUGCUAUCCUUAUACUUACUCAGAUCUACAGGAAUACCUCUCAAAGUUACAGUCUCAUCCCGUCAAAUCGACGUAUGCAAAGCUCAGGCUUCUUUGCCGAACAUUAGCUGGAAACAAUGUGUAUUACCUAACUGUUACUGCCCCGCCAAAUAUAAACGAAAUGGAACAAAAGAAAAAGAAAGCUGUAGUUAUAACUGCUCGAGUACAUCCCGGAGAAACUCCUGCAUCUUGGAUGAUGAAAGGCUUCAUGGAUUAUUUAACGGGAGACUCGAAUCAAGCUAGAGAGCUAAGAGAAAAGUUCAUAUUUAAGCUGGUGCCUAUGCUGAAUCCAGAUGGUGUAAUUGUUGGUAACAAUCGGUGCUCAUUGACCGGAAAGGACCUGAAUAGACAAUAUAGAACAGUAAUAAGAGAAACGUAUCCACCAGUCUGGCAUACCAAAGUCAUGUUGCGCAGAUUACAGGAAGAAUGUGGAGUCGCGAUGUACGUUGAUCUUCAUGCACAUUCUCGAAAGCAUAACGUGUUCAUAUAUGGAUGCGAAAGUCGAAAAACUUCAGACAAACGAUUGCAAGAACAAGUAUUCCCUUUAAUGUUGCAUAAAAAUGCGGCUGACAAGUUCUCUUUUGAAAACUGUAAAUUUAGAAUACAACGUAGCAAGGAAGGCACUGGACGAGUAGUAGUAUGGAUGUUAGGAGUAGCGAACAGUUACACGAUGGAAGCUUCGUUUGGUGGAUCUGAAUUAGGUAGUAGAAUGUCGACUCAUUUCUCAGUUCAGGACUACGAAAGCCUUGGGCGAACAUUCUGCGAAACGUUGCUUGAUUUCUUUGAUGAAGAUCCUAGUAAAGAAAGGUUAAGAACAAAAAUUGUCACAAGAUUAUUGAAAGAAGGAUCCAAUGCAGACGAACCUACGAAUAUCGAUCUUUCGGAUUACUCCAGUGAUGAGGGAGACACUUCAAGCAGUAGUUCAGAGGCUGGACUUAGAGAAACAUCUGAACGACCUGCACCGCCACCUUCGCCGAUAUUCCCAGAUAUUAAUAAAAAUAACGAGAAAUCCCGAAAGCAACGGCCUAAGUUAGAAAAGAUGAAGCGAAUAGAAAAAAAGAAAAUGAAGCGAGAGACAUUACAGGUAUCGCGAGCUACAAUAGAUUUAACUUCAGAUGCAAUGACCGACAUGUCUUCGGAUGCCGAAUCGGAUGAUAAUCAUAGUCCUAAAAGACGGGUCCAGAAACUGAUACAUUCAUCAACCAAAGUAAAGCCAAGACGGAAAAAGAAAAUGCCACCUGAGCUGAAAAUAAUUAGAGCACCGACAAGUGAUUCACCAUAUCAUUCGGACCAUGAUAAAAAGGUAUUAAGAUCUAGAAGACCAAGAAGUGUGUCGAUGUUUAACGACACUACAGACAAAUCGAGACUGAAUCCCGCAUCAUGGCAUCAAUUUAGAUGUCUACCGCCAGCAAAAUACUUGUCAGAUGUAAAAACCAGAAAUAGUCAACCAUCAGAAUUGCAAGUUAAAUUGAGCUCCCUGAAAAGAAAUAUAUGGACGGGUGUGCAAACUGAAGAGAAAGGGCCACUGUCCUGGGGCAUAUCCAGUUUUGCUAUGAACUCCUAUUUCACUGACAGUGAGGCUUUGUUAAGAUCAUGUUCCCAAAAAUUAGAAGAACUAGAAGAAGAACGCCGAAAAAUCAAAGAUGAAAAGAAAAAGAAAAAAACCAAAACUAAGAGAAUUAUACUUAAAGUGCCAAAUUCUACAAAUGAAAUUUUAGAACCUAUUAACCAAUUAACUAAAAAGUGGAAGAAAAAGGAAAAAUUAAAACAUGCAAAAUCAGAGAGUUCACAAUAUCAAAAUAAUACAAGUUUUACCGAUAUUCCUCGAAAUACACAAACACAGAAAAUAAGCCCAUUAGAAAACAGACAAGCCAAGACCCGUUUUAAAAAAGGUGCUAUUAUUACUACUGCUGUGCAGACUAAGAAAUCAAAUACUAAAACAAAUAUUAUGUCAGACAAUUCUGACUCUGAAAAUUCCAUCCAGUCAUCAAAGAAAAUAAAGAAGAAAACCAAAACAUCGAAAUCCAAGUUUUGUAAAACUGUUUCUGAAAAUAAAUCAAAAAAUUAA